AAAUGUUAUUUUGUUCUUGGCUUGGAGGUUAAAUUAAAUAGGUUAUGUUAUUUAAGUAAACGAAACGAACUUUGGAUCAUUACCAAUUAACAAAUUACCAAUAAAUAAAUGUAAAAAUUUAUCCAAAGUGCGAUUGAAACAUGUUUCGAAAUAUUUUAUCAUGGGUAUUGAAGAGACCUCCUAGUUUAUGUUCUCGUAGUGUUGUUAGUAAUAAUAUCAAUACAAACAGACGAUUCAGCUGCGGAGUUUGGUUGAGAAAUCCUAGACAAACACCUAAACCAAAUAGCUUAACAUCGCCGGCCAUAUCUAGCAAGUAUCAGGUGAUAACGGAGGAAAAUUCGCCAAUUAUACAACACACUGCUGAUGAGGUCUACCUUGAAGAUAAAUAUCCAUUGCUCAGCGACGAAUUUGAUGGUAUUAAUUUAGAAAGAGGCAAGUUAGGAGUGUUUGACAUUGAGGACCUUGUGGACUUGCUACACAGAGAAAAUUCCAAAGAUGUUUUUGUAGCAACAGUGCCAAGGGAAAUACACUAUGUUGACUAUAUUUGUGUUGUUAGUGGACGAAGCAAAAGACACAUUCAAGCUUUGGCUGAAUUUGUUAAGAAAGUUUACAAGAAGAAACGCUAUCAAUCUGAUUUGAUACCAAGAAUAGAAGGAAAAGAUUCUGAUGAAUGGGUUGCAUUGGACUUAGGUAACAUUGCUCUUCACAUAUUCUCUGAUAAAGCUAGGCAAGUCUACGAUUUGGAAACUCUGUGGUCUGUUGGGCCUGAAUUUGAUGAACAGAUGAACAAGAAAAGUGAAGUCAUAGAUGUGUUUGAAAAUUAUAGCUCUUACUUAAAAGAUUUAAAACCCCUACAAUAAAUGUUGUAAAUUUUGCUCUAUUAAUAUUAGAUAAUAAAAUAUAAAAAUUCAAUGUAAGUCUCAUAUAAAAUGUUUAUUUGUUUUUGCUUAAUUACAUUAAGAUACAUAAAGUAUUGAUUGAAUAGAUAGUGGAAAUCUAAAUAAUGAAAUAUUCAAAUUAAUUUACAUUGUUCAAGACUAAAAUAAUUACAAAUAAUAUAAUAUACCCAUGAACUGAGUGAACUAGUCUGUCAAUAUAAUUUGUUACAUAAAAUAACAAUUUGGCAUAAUUUUAUAUCUAUCUCAGAAUUCUAAAUGCAUUUAUAUGUAAAAUUAUAUAAAUGACCUGCUGACUACAUUUAACAUUCAUACCACAAUUACAAGAUCCUUAUAUCAGUCAAAAUAUCAGUUUCACAUUUAUACAUCUAGUUAUAGACUAAGUAGCUCAAAAGUUUGGAAGCAACCUAUAUUAAUGCUUCUAAUGUGUUAAACUAAGUAAAUAGAUAAAUUAAAAUGGAAGCAAUAAAAAGGAAUAUUUCAAGUAGUAGAUAGCAAAUCAGCUGGAAUCAGCUACUUCAAAAACAAUUUGGACCACA